AUGGCUAUAUCAACAAUCUCGGAUAAACUUAAUAGUUUAAGUUUUGACUCAUUGGAAGAAACUGCUCAAAAUACAAAUUGGUACCCGUUAGUGAAACUGUUGACAUACGAACAGUUAGAGUCUCUGAAAACCAUUUUUAAAAAUACUAUAAAAGAUAAUGAAGAAAUUGGACUUGAAAGGGAAGCAUUCUCUGAUGCUAUAAUCGAUAUCACCGGUAAUUCGGAACAUUGUUUAGAGGCAAGAGCUUUGUUUGAAGAAAUUGCACAAUUUAAGCAAUCGAUUACAUGGAAUAACCUUUUGGAUUUUUUAUUGGAAAAUAUUACUAUAAAGAGUAACUUUCCUGUUUAUUUAUAUGUUGAGUCAGUUGAAUCAUAUCCGACUCAAGUAGGUAAGCAAGAGGCGAUAGCAAAAAUAGUUUUGAUUGAAACUGAAAAAUACUUUUGUUAUGCUGUUGUGUCAAAAUACGGAAGGGUUACAAUCUACGAUGGAGAUCUUAAUUUUUUGACCCAUUAUCAUGUCCUUAUGACACGAGAAGAUUUGGAUAGGAGUGACGAAGAGAGAAGAAGGAAAAAUCGUUGGGUUACUGACGCUAUAUUCUGCUUAGACAUUCAAAUGUUUUUCAUUGCGAAUUCUACAAGAAGUAUUUCAAUUUACGAAGCAUCAGGAUUGAAGCACGUACCUUAUUGGUUGAUAAUUGGAGUUCAUGAUAUAAUUGAGGAACUGAAACACGAGAAUCAAUAUUUGAAAAUUCAAUUUCUCGAACAAACCCAUGCUUGUAAUAUCGAACAAAUUGAGUAUUCAGAAAAAGAAGAUGCGAUUAUAUCGUGUAGUAAAAAUCCAGCUGUUGCAUUAGUAAAACAGUGUAUUUCAAUAAAGAAGUCACCGUACAUCUUAAAAAUCAAGAAGGGAUGUACUUGUUUUACCUUCAGUAACGUUCAUAACAUAAUAAUAACUGGAAGCGAUGAUAGAAUCAUCCGUGUUUGGAACUCAGUUUUGAUUUCUCAUACUAUCGCAGUUUUCUAUGGACAUCAAGAAAAGAUUGUUGAUUUGGUCAUCAUGGAAAACCAAGACACUUUGUUAUCUUUGUCAGAAGAUGGAAUAUUGAAACUAUGGGAAAUCAAUGAUAGUAAAUGUUUGCAAACACUAAGCAUAAACUAUCCUUCUCUUGGAUUCCUUGAAAAAUGUAUAGAAUUUGGUCGAAGAAGUAUGUAUCCAGGAUCGAAGAGAUAUACUAAUUAUUCCCUUGUCAAAGAUGAUGAUAAUUCAUAUAAAAAGUUUUUUGGAAUUUCCCAAGUAGAGAAAAGACCGGCGCAAGGUGUAGGUAUAAAAAGCAAAACUUUCAACAAGUGGGAAAGAUCCAACCUAUUAGUAACGUGUUAUAACUAUAUAGCAAGGAUAAAAAUAACUUUCGAAAAUAUAGAUAUUGAAAAAUCAAAUGAAAUGCCCAUACUGCCUCCACCUCCAUUACAAAAUAGUGUCUUGAUACCGGCCAGUUGGGAAAUAUCAAUAAAGGAAGGAUUUAACGGAAAUGAAAUACUUAAUGGUAAAUAUAAAGGAAUUCCAGAAAAAUUAAAUUUCAUCAUUAAUAAAGAUCUGUUUGAUAUAGAAGGUUCUAAAAGUGAUAUUAACUAUAAAAUUGCCAUUUUAGAAGCCAAAAAGAUGAAAAUGAAAUCACAUGUCGAAAAUGGGGCUCCAUAUUUAGCUUUGGAUAUAGCUGAAUUUGAAGAGCUGAAAUUAUCAGAUAACAUAAAACUUCCUGAAAAUAAAGAAGCACGACAAACUAUUGAUAACAUUAAAAAACGAUUGGAAGAUAUUUGUAUAAGAGAUAGAGCAUUUUCUGAACCGUCAUCAGGAAGAUCAAAGAUAUCAUCUAGAAGUAGCGUUAUUUCUAUUACGUAAAUAGUUAUAUAGGCCCAAUUAUUUUUAAAUCAUCAAAAUAAUAUGAUUAAAAUAAUUAAGAAAGUAAAGCAUUUAUUCAACAGGUUAAGUAUUACAGUUUGAAUAACAAUUUCUUCUAUAAAAAUGCCUGCCGGCAUUACAUCGAAAAUUUUAAUGGAGUAAGUUAAAUAAAAUUUUUACAUCACAACUAUAAGGUUUUAACACAGACUUUUUCGAAUAAUUUUAAAUUUUAGGUUAUAUAGACAUCGUAUAAAUUGUUACAAUUCGAUAUUGCAGAUUAAAUCUUACUAUUACCCAACUUUAGCAGUAAUAAAAUCGAUAAUACUGUGUUUUUGAACACAUACUGAAUAUAUUUUAAAUAAAAAUUUAUUUAUAUACUUAUUGUAUUGGCAGUUUCAAAUACUAGCAAUUAUAUUUUGAAAGAAAUAAAAUAAAGUACCUUUAGCUGCUUAUUAAUGAGUGAGAUAUCAUUAUUAUGAUGAAAAACGAAAGUUCAACUGCAAAUAAUAUCGAUUUUAUUAUAUUAAAUGUUGAUGAGUUCGACUUUUUAGUUUUUGUGACAAUGAGUACGAUGCCUGUUUAUAAACUUUACUUAUAACUAACUGCCAAAUAAUUGGCCAAUUUAAAUAAAACCUCUGAUCAUUUAUCGAUUUCUAGUAAUUCUAUAACUAGAAAAUGAAUAAGUAAACAUUGUUUGUAUCAUGUCUAUUUUUUAUACCUGGUCAAAUUAAACGUAAAAAAAAUUGUUGUAUAUGGUGAUUGUUAAUACUAAUAACAAUAGACAUAUUAUUUAUCUGGGAGUAUAAUAGGGUAAUAAAUGAAAGUAAUUUAUUAAAUAAUUUGUACCUAAGUAUUUAAUGAAAUACAAAGGCGUUUCUGUCAAGUAUAUUUUUUUCAAUUUGAAAUUGUUUUCUUAGAAAUAGAAAAAAUGAAAAUUUAACAUAUAUAAACCCAAAUUAAUGAUUGUAUAAUAAUAAAGAAAAUAUAAGAAUAGUUUUAAAAGUAUACAAGUGACAAAUUUACUACAAAAAAAAACGAA